UGCUGCAUUUGUUUUCAUUUUCCGCAUGCACUCAUUGUUUUAAGUAGAUAAGUAGAAUGGGUGCAAAGACCAAAAAGUCAAACGCCGAUGCAGUGUAUUCUAAGAAAUCAGUUAAAAGCAGUAAUCCCUUCGACACUGCAAUAGCCCAAACUGCCAAGCGCUUGAACCCGUUUGACGUGCACGUGAACAAGGAAAAAUUUAAGAUCCUAGGUCGGAUUUGCAAGCAUGAUCGAGGCUUGCCUGGUGUUUCCCGUGCUAAAGCCCUGCAGAAACGCUCUGAAACACUCGGCCGGCAAUAUGCGAUUAAGCACAAAACCAACAAAUUUGUGGACCAUCGCAUUGGUAAACAUCUAAGCGGCGACCAGCUGACAGAGUCUGUGAUGAAUGCACGAUUUCUGUCUGAGAAAUUGGCUCAAGUGCGCGCCUCAAACAAGGCAGAAAAGUUUAACUUGAAUGACGACGAGUUGCUCACACAUAGAGGUCAAACGCUUGAGGAGAUUGAGCAGUACAGAGACGAGCGUUCAGAUGACGAGGAUAUCGACGAUGAGGGUCUUAACGCUGAGUUUACUUCCACCGCGCAUUUUGGCGGUGACGGCGACACGCCGGAAGAUCGUCAAACGGCCAUAGAAGAAAUGAUAAGUGAACAAAAACGACGGAAAAAUGAAAUUGCGAAGGAUAAGGAUGAAGUCUAUGAUCUUACGGAAAAGUUAGAUGCAAAUUACAAGGAGCUGUUGCCGCUGGUAGCAAAGGCAACCAAAGAUGAGCAGCACGAAAAGCCUCCUCCAGAUGCAUAUGACAAGCUGCUAAAAGAGAUGAUUUUUGAACCGCGUGGCAGUGUCACAGACAAGCUCAUAAACCCCGAAGAGCUGGCCAAACAGGAGGCUGCUCGUCUGGAUAAACUGGAAAAUGAACGGUUGCGGCGCAUGAAAGCGGAUGGUGAAGAGCAGGAAGCAAAUGUACAGAUCCCACAUCGAUCAGCUGACGAUUUGGAUGAUGGCUACUUUGCGGCGGGCAACGAGGAUGAUGGCGACGAUAUUUUAGCCUACGAUUUGGACGGCAACCUUGGCACGCAUCUGAAUAGCAAAAAGGAAGCGGGUGAUGCAACCGGGCAGAGCGAUGAAAAAGAUGACGAGAGUGAAGAAGAUGGUGAGAAUGACGAUGAUGAUGAAGAAGAAACUGAUAGCGAUUCUGAUGUGGAUAACUUAAGUGACCUGAAAGAGUCGGACAGCGAAUCGGAUCAAGAUGAAGCACCACAACCCAAAAAUAAAAGCAAACCCCAAAAGCAGAAAACUUCUGAAACGGUAGACACCAGCAUACCCUACACUAUUAAAAUGGCUAAGACAUAUGAGGACUUCACCGAGCUUCUGGCCAAGUAUACGCCUACGCAACAGGUCACCAUUGUAGAGCGCAUCAUUAAGUGCAAUCAUCCCAAACUGGAGGGCGUUAAUCGUGAGAAUGUGGUUAAACUCUACGCGUUUCUGCUACAGUAUAUUAAGGACAUGUUCGAGGAUGCCAGCGAGCAGGACAUUCGCUUACAUUUCCAGCUGGUUGCGCAGCUUAUGCCGCAUCUGUAUGACCUCACACAUCUGAAUCCGGACCGCAUGUCUAAUACAUUGCUGGAUGUGAUUAGGGAAAAGUAUGCUGAGUACCGGAAGAAUCACAAAGUGUAUCCUACGCUAGACACGCUUAUCUACUUUAAGAUUGUCUCGAAUCUGUAUUCCACUUCGGACUUUCGUCAUCCAUUGGCCACUCCCACGUACAUUUUCAUGCAGCAUAUACUGUCGAGAGCGCGCGUACGAACCCGCCAGGACAUUGCCAUGGGUCUGUUUAUAAUCACCAUUGCCCUGGAGUUCGGGUCGCGUUCCAAGCGCCUGCUCCCGGCAGUUUUUAACUUUUUGCUGGGCAUAGUGCACAUGGCCAUACCCAAGCCCCAGGUUGACCAGAUAGAGAUUGCGCCGCCAUUUGAGCGCGAUGGACCCUUUUGCAAAUUGUUGGCAAUACCAGCCACGAGCGAAAGUAAAACGCUUGAGUCACAGAAGCUGCAGGCUGCAGAUCUGGUUACGCACACAAUAACCUUGGACUUUAAGGUGCGAGCUCUGGACAUAACGUUGCGUCUGGUUAAGCAAAUCUUUGAGGAGCAGAUAGGCGAGCACACGGGAGCCUGCUUUUUGGCCAGUCCUUUUUUGCCUCUAAUGGAACUUCUGCCGUUUAAGCAUUAUCCCAAACAUGUGCAGCAGCACUUUGCAGAAGCAAAGUCUACGCUGGAGUGUGUAGCGGCGAAGAAAAUGAAGCCUCUGGCUCCACCCGACAAGAAGCCAAAGGCCUUGCGUCUGCUGGAGCCUCGCUUUGAGGUGGUCUAUGACGAUAAGCGACGACCCAAAAUGUCCAAACAGAAGGAGGAGCGCGCUAAGCUGCUGCACAAAAUCAAGCGUGAAAAGAAGGGCGCUAUUCGCGAAAUACGUAGAGACACAGCCUUUGUGCAAGAUCUGAAGCUGAAACAGCAGUUACAAAGUGAUAAGGAACGUCAUGAAAAGGUCAAACGUAUCUACCAGGAAGCCUCCGUACAGCAGGGCGAACUUAAUGAACUGGCACGCGCCAAGAAGCGCAAAAAGUUCUAAGUCUCAGUUGUAUAGUAAAAGUUUUAUGACAAAA